GCAGCACGUCGUUGUGGUGGUUUUUGCAGAGCCGGGGGCGCGCGUGCGCGCGCGUUUGUGUGUGUGUGCAUGUGUGUGUUUGUAUGUGUGUUCCGGAUGAAAUGCGCCUUUUUACGCGCUGAAAUGAUGCUCGACGUGAAGGCGGCUCGGUUCGAUACGGACUCUCUGCCUUGACGUUGCCUUUAAACUUUCCCAUGCUGGCCAUCUAAAACCCGGUGCAUUCGGACUCGGACUCGGACACAGCCUCGGUCUCACACACCGGAGCGGACACGUCCUGAUCCAAUGCGCGUUUCGUUUCCGCGCGUCCAGGCCCGCACGCCAACACGUUCACAUGGCCUCGAGAAAAGUGCCCGUGGUGGGAAGCCGAAGAGCAACGGGAUGGUGGAGGAACAGGAGGUGUCCGGAGCGGCCGGGCUCGGUGUGGCGCCGGUGUGUGAUGUGCGCAGGGAUCACACUGCUUUUCCUGCAGCCUGCAUCCUCCAGACACGAUGAGGGACAGACAGAAACAUUCAAUGGUUCCGUGUCAUCGCUGAUCCCCACCGGAUCUUCAAACGUCUCCACGUCUGUCUUUCCGCUAGAAGAAGAUGGAGAUCCUUUCCUGCAGUCUCACGCAGCACCAGCAGAGGCAGCAUCGAGCACCAGAGAGCAGGCUGUCUUCUCCUCUGUGCUGACGGUGAGGACUAACUCGGAUUCGCUGGUGCAAUACCCGGCCUCUCCUCAUGCUUACAAUCUCACCAGUCGCAAAAUCCAGGAGGAUCCACUGGCGAAAAGCUCGCAAGCUCCGACCAAGGGCGUGCAGAGCACCGGCUCAGAAGAAGCGCCUUCUAUGAUCCCAGGCCUUCCCACAGCACCCGGGACCUCCAUCUUAACCGUGGAGCAGACAGAACCUGCUCUCACAGAUCACGUGACCAGCCUAGACUCCGCCUCCACCGUGCUAUCCAAUGGUACGUCUCCAGUAACAGACAAAGUUGAGAAAACCUCAGUGACACGCCCCAUCCCCGAAACUGUGACCAGUGACAGCCUCCAGCUCACUACGGUGACCACCACCACAACCACACCCUUAACUAUGACUGACGCAACUGUGACUCCUCCCAGUACCGAUCCCUUGACCACUGAGGUUCUUACCACAAAAGCUCCGCCCACAACCACUACAGAGUCCACGACGGCUGCGACAACACAGACGACGACUACUACUACGACGACGACGACGACUACCACGACCACGCCGACUACAACAACGACUACUCCAGCGACUACAACCACUCAAAGCUCUACUGCAGCUACAUCUAGAAGCACCACCACUGAGCAGAGCACCACCACUGAGAGCUCACCUCCAUCCUGCAACAUCACAGAGAGGCUGUUGGUACGAACGGUUCUGUCCAUCCAGAUGAAGAGGAAUUAUCUGGAGAAUGCUCUGAGGCAGAGCUUGGGGAAAGGCCUGACCCUGGCACUUCAGAAGGCCUUUAACGACUCCAACAUCCACAUCCAGCUGGAGCGUGAUGUAUGCACACCGUCCAACGUCACUCUGGGAUAUUACGUCAUGAGCGAGAAAACGGUGUACGUGGUGGCAGCAGUGGUGGAGACUCUGAAUUCCUACGGCUUUGAUAAGCUCCUGAGUGACCUCAGACAUCACGCGCCGGUAGUGUUGGCCGUCCCCGUCCCCGUAGCUUCCUGGCAGUCCGCACCGGGCAUCCACCUGCAGCUUAAAACAGUCCUCAGGUUCGUGAGUCCAACAGACAACAUCAAGUCAUGCGGUUUCAUUCAGAUCAUGGAGCAGCGUUUGGGGAACGUGUUCAACGAAGCUCAGGAGAAAGUGGAAGACUCGUAUGGAAAUCUUUCAGUCGAGAUUCUAAACACCUAUCAGCUAGGAAACUCUCUGGCCGUAUCUCUGGUGUAUGUGGUGUGGAACGGCAGUGUGGCGCUGAACGGCACCGUGGCGAGCGCGCUAAUUAACCAGCUGAGUGCGGAGCUGGUCGGAUAUUUCCUCUUCUUCCCCCCCAUGAUCAUUGCUGAGCCGCUCGAGUACCACAACCUCAACACCUCAGUGGCCACCAGGGAAUACUGGGUAAUCACAGUCAUUCAGGAUGUCGAUAGUUCCUUGCUGGAAGGCAGUUAUCAGAGCUUUGCUAGUCUGAUGGAGCAGCGUUUAGCUGAGCUCUUUCUUGUCGCUGGUCGGCACGGUCCCCGGAUCAAACGCGCCACCACCGUCGGUGGAUGCACUGUCCAGAUGGUUAGUAUCCGGCGCCUACUUGGUCCUAAGAACCCAGCCGAGAUGACCUACUACAUCCAGGUGGAUGGAUCGCCGAUACCUGGCACAUCUGCAGCCAAAACGCUAAACAUGGUGGACUCUCAGACCAUGGCCCUCACACUGGGCUACUUCGUCCAGAUUCAAGCAGAGCCCGUGGUGAAGAGUGUCCCCAGUAACCUCUGGAUCCUGGCUGUUCUGACGCCGGUGUCAUUGGUGAUCGUCGUUAUUGUCAUGGCGGUCGCUAUCAUAUGCAGGAGGAAUCGCAACGUCUUCAAGAGCAGUGCGUUCCGUGGGUUCCACUCACGCACCAAGACCUCGUACCGGAGAGACGGGAGUUACCACCAUCAGCCUGUGCAGGGUUUUGACUAUGCUAAGCAGCACAUGGGUCAACAGGGUGAGGAGACGCUUGCGGUCACUAAAGAGACCCUAGUCCUGUCUCUCCCGGUACGCGACGCUCCGAUCACACAGGACAAAGGAGUCCUACAGGACGGCACGGCCUCCAAAAGACCUCAGUCUACAGAGAUCCACCGCAGUAAAGUGCCGAGCGAGGACGGCUCGGUUUCAAGCAACGGCUCUGCGAAGCUGAACACAGGCAGGAGCUCCUCGGCGCACAGAAAUACCGGCCAGAAAGCCGCAAAGGAGGAGGCGCACGCGAGGACCGAGCAUUACGACUCACUGACUGGCUCCCUGAGGCUCAUCAGCAUUAAGCCCAUGGCCGCUCCGCUUAACUACUCAUACCCAGACUCCUCGAAUCACAGCCAAGACUCUGUCAUGCUGAACGGAGAGGUGAACAUGGGCCUGAAACAGAAGUCCGACAUUGAGCACUACAGGAACAAACUGCGUCAGAAAGCGAAGAGAAAAGGCUACAGUGACGGGCCGACGAACAGCGGAGGACACAGGCACAGCCACCGAGAGAGACUGAGACGUGAAAACGCUUCUCUGGACCUAGAGGACACUCGGGGACCUGCGGAGGACAGAAAUCCAUCCACUUAUGUCAAAUACCACAGGAGUGAGAGUCAGAGGGAGCCGGCGUACUGGAGCAGACAGUCUCUGAAUACGCCGAGUCCUGUGGAGACCGAGCUGGAUCUGCUGGUAAUGAGGGAACGUGCCAGGAGGGGGAUCCGCAACAGCGGCUAUGACGCUGAGCCAGAACCUUUUGAAGAGACAGACGUGGACCGCCUCAUGAGCUCUCUAGGUUUUGGAGGCAGUCACCACGUUAAAGGUCACUCGGAUUCGUCCACUCUGAGCUCUCAGCCCUCCAUCGACGAGGUGCGGCAGCAGAUGCACCUCCUGCUGGAUAACGCUUUCGGUUUGGCCUCGGCCGAGCCGUCCGGACACGGCCACCACCCGCACCACCCCCGGCACGGCCCCCACCCUCCGUACCCCCCUGCUGGUCCCUAUGCGGACGGAGUGACCAGCGCUCCCGGCACUAUGGACCACCCGGCUGGAGCUCUGCAGCGCGGGCCAUCGUUUGAGCCCGACAUGCACCAGUGUAGCCUCCCCAAGCCUGUACGUCCUCACUGUCCACAUUUACACGUUCAAGGCUUCAGAUUUACGCAGCUGCCCGACAUGGGUUUGGGCACACCACCACCUCUCAUAUCAGCUCGAACUGGAGCCCCACCUGGUGCAUCAGUACGGCGAUCAACACCAGACAUGAGUCUGAAGCCGCGCGUCUCUGAGGCUUCAGAGAUGAAUCAGCACAACGGCGCCCCCUAUCUGCCCAUCAAUCGAGCUCCUUUCCCAGCCGUCACUGUCGAUCAGUCCAUGUCGAGCUACUCAGGAAACCCAAUUACAGCUGUUUAUGCCAUAUCAGCCAACCGGCCCGGCUACUCCGACUACUUCGUCCUGUCACCUCCGUCAUCGUACCGCAGCCCUUCGUGGAUGUCGUAUCCUCCGGAGCCAGAUGACCUCCCACGCCAGUGGGGUGACACGAACCCUUGUCAUUUGGAGACCAUCUGCUGAGCCGAACGGGCUGAAGGGACACAGCAAUGCUCCUGGGGAUUGUACAGUAAAUUAAAAUACCCUGAUCACCACAGAAGCCCAAACCUCUCCUGGCUCUUUGGCCUGAGGGCCGCUCCGGCCGAACAAGUCCAAAACGCCCCGGAAAAAAGGGCCCUGAAAGGCCCUGACCAGACACCACAAGACCCAUCAGUCAUCUCUCCACCAUUCAUCAGUGCUUUCUUCUGAGUCUCCUUUUCUCUCAGUCUCAGCAGCCUCCUCAUCGGAUCCGAGGGCCAAACGAUUUCUUCAAGUUUUUUGAAUCUCCUCAUGGACACGACGAGGAGCCGGUGGUCUUUUAUCUUUCUUUCUUCCUUCCUUUCUUUCUUUCUUUCUUUGUGUGUGUGUGUGAGUGUGUGUGUGUGUGUGUGUGUGUGUUUCAAACAUCAGCAUAUUCAAAAGAGAAAACUUUCUUUCUUCUCGAGCGGACCUCUCCGUGUCUUCGGCUCUUGUUUUUACCGAGAAGCAGGCCCUUUUGUGCACUCUGUGUAUGGCUUACGUAAAAAAAAUGACCUUGAUGUAAAAAAGACUGAGCGGAAAUCCGAAAACGGCUUGUUGUACUGUACGUAAAUGUAGUCAAUGACGUGUCUUUUUUUUUUCUUUCCUCAGCCUCUUAAGAAGUAGUCCGUUCUUUCGCUUCGCCUUUCGCUUCUUCUUCAUCACAAAAACGUCGGAUCACGUAAGACGGCUCGCGAGAAACUCGAAGCAAACGUUGUCAAAGUUUAUGGAGCGUCACCUGACACAAAACAACGAUCCCGAGCAUUUAGCGUUAAAUAUUACUCAAGAUAAACAAUAGUGGAAUAUUUUAGGUCUAAAAUAUUAUUAGAAUUUAUAUUCCUACUCCUGUUCACUAUAUCACUUUCAGUUUAACAGCAAAUUAAAACUAUAAACUAUCACCAAAACAACAUAUCUAUUUUAUUGCCUUAUUUUUGAUAGAUAUUUAAAUUUAUAUAUGAAAUGAUAUCACAAUCUAGAACAUUUAUCUGCUGGAGUGUAAAGCAUACAGUAAGCCAAAAAUAAGAAAGUAAGUAAUGAAAGUAAAUAAAUAAAAAGAACUUUUAUGCAAACUAAAAUUCGACGUUACAUGAACGUUUUAUAAUAUUAAUGACGGCAUCACUCACAAAGUUUGGACACAACAAAUCAAAUACUCUGAAGGAAUGAAAAGAAUACACAAACAAACCAAAUGAACAACAAAGAAAAGAAAUUAUUUACCAAGCAAUUAUUUGAAAUAAAAGAAAAAGUACUUUAAAAUAUAUCGAAAACUUAAAAACCGACCCAUUAAACCGAAUUCGUUUUAGUUUUUUGCAGCUAGCGGAAUGUAACCCACCCCAAACUUAGCAUGUGUUUCUCGAAGGUUCUAAUGCAUGUAGUCUGAAGAAACACAAGGGCUUUUAUGUACGUAAGGAGAUGAUGUAAAUUCUAUGGACGGAUCUCCAUCGGGUUCCUGUCGUGAACAGUGACAUCGACAAAAAUCGACAGAAAUUAAUUUUACCAUCGUGAUAUUUUAUAUCGUGAAACUGGAGAACGGUAAACAAUAGACAUCCAAACAUAGUGACAUAAUACAAUACAACACAAUUGUUUUUUUUUUUUUUUUUUUUUUUUUGGAGUGUUAAAACUGAAGAACUUUGUCCUCUCAAUGUAAUUAGCCGGUGCUGGGGAAGUGCAAAGCUCUCGGUUGUCGUCGCUCAGUCGUGUGUUUUUUUUUUUGUUUGUUUUUUUUUUUUUUUAAUUGCUUUUGCUUUGUAAAAUUUUCUCCGUUCUUAUUUUUAUAACAACUCACUCAUCAUUUUUUGAGCUAUCCGUAGAGGCAGCGUUCCGAAGGCGCCGUCGCCGAGUGUAAAAUAUCGUGCUUCGAUUCACGGUUAUGUAUUUAAAAAAUAAAUAAAUAAAGAAAAAGCCUCAUUGUGAACCUAUGUGAAAAAAAACCCCAAAAAAAACAAAAACAAAAAAAAAGGUUGAAUAUUCUCUGUGUAAAUUCACAUCAUGAUGCCGAGAUGUCAAUCCUCAUCACGCAACUCCAUAACUGCCAACUGUACAGAAUAUUUUCAAAUAAUUAAUACAAAAAUAAAACCUGCAUUUGUUUUUCAA